AUGUCUGUGGUGGAAUAUGAGAAUAAGUUUGCGGAAUUGGCUAGGUUUGUGCCAACUUAUGUAGAGACAGAUAGGCAGAAAGCAAAAAGGUUCCAACAAGGUCUAAAGCCUUGGAUUAGAAGCAAGUUAGCUAUUUUGCAAUUAGAGACGUAUGCGGCAGUGGUUGAGAAAGCAAUGAUUGCGGAGACUGAGAAUGAGUUGUUUCAGAAGUCCAAAGAGGACAAGAAGAGAAAGCCAGAAAAUAGAGGAGGAUCAUCUCAUCAAGGGAGGUUCCAUAAGAAAGGGAAGUUUCAAGUAGGAGGAAAUCCCAAUUUCAAGAGAAUAGGCAGUGGUGGACAAGGAGGACGUUUUCUUACGGGAAGUCAGGCCAAUCAGCAAAGGCCUUCAAUGCCAGAAUGUCAAACGUGUGGCAAGAGACAUGGAGGAGUAUGUAAUAAACUGAAUGUGGUAUGUUUUAAAUGCAACCAGAAAGGACACUACUCAAGAGAAUGUCAGAACCAGCCGGCGAUAAAGGAUCAGACCAAUAGAGGCUCAACAAGUAAGACUCCAGCCAUAGGAUAUACAUGUUUUAAAUGUGGAAAGCCAGGACACAUGGCUAAAGACUGCAAGACACCAGCCCCUGUUAGCAAUGCACUUAGAAUCAUGGGAACUGUUCCAGAAGUGAAUGAGCCCCCUAGGGCAAGAGUUUUUGACAUGUCAGUGAAAGAUGCUAUCCAAGAUGCUGAUGUGGUGACAGGGAUGGAUUGGUUGUCUAAACAUAGUGCGCAGAUAGAUUGUAAAAGUAAGAAAGUAAUACUAAAGGCACCAGACGACAAGAAGGAGCUUAACAUGAGACAAAGGAGAUGGCUAGAGUUGAUUAAGGAUUAUGAUUGUACGAUUAAGUAUCAUCCAGGAAAAGCCAACGUCGUAGCGGAUGCUUUAAGUAGAAAGGAGAGGUUAAACGUAUUGACUGUGCCAGAGGAAUUAUAUAAGGAGUUUCAAAAGUUGGAAAUCGAAGUAAGAAUUCAUGAACCAGUAAAGAUAGCAUUGUAUACCAUGACCUUCCAACCAGAGCUAUUAGAGAAGAUUAAGAAGUGCCAGGAAGAGGUAAUGGAUCAGGAUGUGAACAAGUUCGGAAAGAAAGGCAAGCUGAGUCCCCGAUACGUAGGGCCAUUUGAAAUCUUGAGACGUGUAGGCAAAGUAGUGUACGAAUUGGCGUUACCCCCGCAAAUGGAGCACAUUCAUAACGUCUUUCAUGUAUCGAUGCUUAAGAAGUAUAAUCUCGAUUCGAAACAUGUGAUAGAGUAUGAGCCGGUAGAACUCGAGGCUGAUUUAUCGUAUGUAGAAAUGCCAGUGGAAAUCCUAGAUAGAAAAGAGAAGGUGUUAAGAAAUAAGGUAGUGAAGUUAGUAAGAGUAUUGUGGAGGAACCCGAAGGUUGAAGAGUCAACCUGGGAAUUAGAAAGUGAUAUGCGUGAAAAGUACCCUCAUUUGUUUACCUAA